AUGUGCUACUGCUGUCUACUAAGAAAGAGAAAAGUUGUGCCUCAAGGAAAUAACGAAACCACGGAAGAAAAAGAAUUGUGUAAUUUAGUGAUUUCAAAUAGAUUUGAUGAUGUGAGUGAGUUUCCAAAUGAUGGAAAGAAUGGAUCUAAUAUAACUAUAUUUAGUUACGAAUGUAUCAAGGUUGCCACUAACAACUUCUCAUUAGAAAACAAGCUUGGAGAGGGCGGUUUUGGACCUGUCUACAUGGGAACAUUGCUAACAAGUCAACAAAUAGCCAUAAAGCGACUAUCAAGAAAUUCAGAACAAGGCAUAAUUGAGUUCAAGAAUGAGUUGAUACUCAUAUCUAAACUCCAACACAUGAAUCUUGUUAAGCUUUUGGGUUGUUGCAUUUUUGGAGAAGAAAGGAUGCUAGUCUAUGAAUACAUGCCCAACAAAAGCUUGGACUACUUCCUAUUUGAUUCAAAUCAAAGCAAGCUACUAGAUUGGAAGAAACGUUUCAACAUAAUUGAAGGAAUUGCUCAAGGAUUGAUCUAUCUCCACAAAUAUUCAAGGUUGAAAGUAAUUCACAGAGAUCUAAAAGCCAGUAACAUACUUCUUGAUCAAAGUAUGAAUCCAAAGAUUUCUGAUUUUGGCAUGACAAGAAUUUUCAAGCAAAAUGAAGUGGAAGCAAAUACUAAUAGAAUUGUUGGGACAUACGGUUACAUGUCCCCUGAAUAUGCUAUGGAGGGUGUGUUCUCUAUAAAAUCAGAUGUUUAUAGCUUUGGAGCUUUAAUGCUUGAAAUCGUGUGCGGUAGAAAAAACAACAGCUUCUAUGAUGAUGGGCAUGAGAUUUAUGGCAAGAAGGUAAAGGGCUAG